GGACACGAGCCGGCCCAUGCCCACCCAGGCAGCCUGGUUGACUCGCACCCGUCCACCUCCCUCGCCGCAUAAAACCCCGGCCGCGCUCGCCACUGCCCACCGGCGACGGAGGAGGCUCUCCACUACUCACUCCAUUUCUGUGAGAUCCUCGCCGCGCAAGAAGCGCAACAUCGCGUCUUCCUGCAGGCUGCACCCGCGUGCCGCGCUUCCUUCCGAGUCCCGACACCCGAGGCCCGAGCGCCUGCCGGCUGCCGCCAACUUCUGUUUCUGACGAGUGUCUGUGACCUCGGCUCGGGUUCGACCUUCGACGGGGAACGGAGUGAGGUCAGCUGCCGACGCAAUGAGCGCCUCCGCAGCCCCGGCCCCCGCAGCGGGAGGGCGAUUCUUCACGGGCUUCACAAGACUGUGCAAGGGCCUCGCCGUCGUCCUCUUACUCGCCCACAUUUUGGUCCACCUCUUCCCUUCAGCCGCCACAUAUCUCACGCUGAUACCAGCCAGGACAAUCCCUUUUGCUUGGAACCUGGUUACCGCUGGUUACAUUGAGCAAACAAUUCCAGGGGUGAUUGUGAGCAUAGUUGGUCUUCUUCUAUUUGGGAAGGUGUUGGAGCCUUUAUGGGGAGCUAAGGAACUGCUCAAGUUUAUUUUUAUUGUUAAUCUCUCAAUUUCAGCGUGUGUCUUCGUAACUAUGAUUGUGCUAUACUACAUAACACAGGAGGAGAGCUACCUCUACACACCUGUUUCUGGGUUUUAUGGAGUUCUUUCAGGACUACUGGUGGGCAUCAAGCAAAUUUUACCUGAUCAGGAGCUUAACCUUUUUGUGUUCAAGAUUAGUGCAAAGUGGAUUCCAUCUAUUGUUGCAUUUAUCUCGGUUGCUGUAAGCUUCUUCAUGAAGGAAGUGAUGUCAUACCUUCCCAUCAUAUUAUUUGGCAUCUACAUGAGCUGGAUUUACCUGCGUUACUUCCAAAGGAGAUUAGAAGUAGGCCUUAAAGGGGACCCAAGUGAUGAAUUCUCGUUUUCAAGCUUCUUCCCUGGAUUUUUAAGGCCAAUUUUGGACCCUAUUGCUUCUGUAUUCCACAAACUUUUCUGUGGGCGAUCUGCAAGACCUGAAGGCACAGGCCAGACAUUGGAUGGGUCACAGUUCCCUGGUUCAGGCUCCACUGAGGCAAACAGGAGGAGGUGCGGAUUCCCUUUUUCUCUCAUCGUUGUAGCCAUCCAUCACUGAGACCAUCUGCAUAGUGGAGCACAUGAUGUUGUUUCCUACCCAGAAAGGGGCCAGAAGGCACUGGAGCAGAGACUGGCAGAGAAGCUGGCUGCGGUCAGGAAGGCGGAGGGCACGCCUCCGCCGAAGCAGCAGCAGGAGGAGGAGGAGGACGCGGAGAAUGAUGCUUCUGAUAAAGUCUGAGCGACUGAGCCCCUCUUGUUUUCAGCUGGUGGAAUUCGCUGCCAGGAGAUCCUAUCCUUGUGUCAAUUUUUUCCUUAUAUUUGCGCGUGCCGCCGCGUGAGCGAGACCCGCAGUAUAGUGGAGUUGAGUAGCCUCAUGGCAUGGCGAUUGUGAGUUGUGACAAAAGAAUGCAGCCGUGCAAGAAGGCAAAUGCGACACGCAUGUUCGAACAAAUUCUUGCAGGGUAGCGAGUAGUUUUUUCUUUUCUUUUUAUUUUUAAGUUUGCAAGAGCACUGCAUAUCAUUUAAGGAGAGGGGGAAACAAGUUCAAUACAUGGUUAAAUUAUACA